AAGAAGACGAACACGUUUCUCUUUCGCGAGUUUGGAGCGCAUGAUUGCGCAGGCCGCCAGACGACCGGCUGCGUGAAAGGACCGCAAAGGAUAAAAAGAGACGGCCCGGUUUACGCGAUCCACGUUGUCCUCACCAUUCUCCCUCUCUUUCUCUCUGUCAUACACACAUACACACAUACUUUUCCUCUUUCUCUCUCGCUUACCAUUCUCUCACUCCUUCUGUCUUCCUCCGUCAUUCCUCUCCUUUUUCAGCGGUGUAUCUCCGACACCCUCGCUCAACCUACCACUCUACUUCUCUUUCUCUCUCCCUCUCGUUUCUCCCCUUCCCUCCCCCGCUUAGCCUGCUGUCCCGUCCCUCUAGCGCUCGCACGUUCUCGCUCCCUCCUCCCUCUAUUCCGUCCACCCUUCUCGCUUCCUCUCGCCACGGCCGUCUCGCUUGCACCCGCGACCCGCGUACCUCCGCCUUCCUAUCCGCCGAGCGGAGGACUGGAUUCCGUCGAAAAGAAACGACGAUUCGGAGGAUAGUCGCGACCGAUCAUAGCUGGCGCGUCGAUCGGAUCAACGAAGUGAACUAGCCGCCACGACUAACCGCAUCGCGCGUUACCACCACGACAAGCACCACGUAUUGCGCGCUGCGCGUGUCCGUGCCCUCCGACCUUUUUUUUCCGCGACGUCGGUACCGCGACUCGUGACACUUCGGCAGUGUGCCGGCGGCUGCUUUGCACUCUUUCUGCGGGAAGGGGCUCUUCGGCGCGCCGUCCCUUUUUCAGCUAGCGCGAGUGUGAUUCACAAUACGCGGGGACUGUCAUCCGCUCCAAUUUCUUCACGGACUACUUCGCGAGUGUCACCGCGACGAUAACGGAUGUAGUCCAACAAGAAGACUUGGAAAAACCGUCUGCGCGGUUGUCAUCAAGCUCCGAUCUGUUCUCGCGUGUGACAGUGCGAGUGCAUAUGCCGGCUACGGAUCGUCACCGAUUCCGACAGGAUCGAGUGCGGUCGGACACGGAGCCGCGACGACAGGGCACGCGAGUGUGUUGUCGGCGCGAGUAACACCCUACCGCGAGGGUGUCGUACCCCGCGACAAGAAAGGGUUCUCGCGGUCCCCGCGUGAGCGCUCGCCUCGAGCGCGUGCUGGUGAUCGAGGAAAGCGAAAGUGUGACAAAUCCGCGUAGUGACUGCGUCACGCACAGCGAAUGCCACGGACUUUUGGAACGAUGAUCGCAUAGCAGCGUCCGACCAUCACGGCCCUGAGCGGCCGACACAUCAUGUCACAGUUCUCUUUCCGAGGAUCGCCAAAUCUACAGUGUCCUGUGACAGUUAGCUCGUCGUUGGCGCCGUCCUCGGUCUCGCCAGCCGGUGCAAUUCUGAGCGCAGGAAGCUCGUCUCUGGUCAGCAGCGUAGCCGCUGUUACGACAACGAAUCAUCCUUUAGACGUAGCCGGUCUGUCUCAAGCAAGGAUGGCGGUGACGAGCGCGGUCGUGAGACCGCCUGGUAGUCCCACUACCUCGGUCAGCCCGUCCCAAGGUCAUCCGCCGCCAUCGGCCGGCGGGCCAGCCGCGGCAAGAUGCUGCGACACUGGCCGGCCGAUUUUCACAGAUCCGUUGACAGGUCAGACCGUCUGUUCCUGCCAAUACGAGCUGCUAGGUGGCUAUCAGGCGCGUCUAGGAGGCUUACCUACGGCGGCGCUCUCCAUGUACAGCGCGCCGUAUGCGGCCGCUGCCGCCGCAGCAGCGUCCGAAGGCAUGGCCGCGUACUUCCCCAGUCUGGGCGCGGAACAAGCGCCGUUUUACACACCCACGGCUGCUGGACUGGAUAUGAAAGAAAAUCUAGGUGCUGGAGCUGCAGCAGUAUGGCCUUAUCCUUCGGUGUAUCAUCCUUACGACACUGCUUUCGCGACUUAUCCCUUCGGAAACGGUUACGGCAUGGAUCUAAACGGCGCGAGGCGAAAAAACGCGACACGAGAAACAACGAGUACGUUGAAAGCGUGGCUAAACGAGCACAAGAAGAAUCCUUAUCCCACGAAAGGUGAAAAAAUUAUGCUGGCCAUUAUUACCAAGAUGACACUGACGCAAGUGUCAACGUGGUUCGCAAACGCGCGAAGGCGUUUGAAAAAAGAAAAUAAAAUGACGUGGGAACCGAGAAAUCGAGUCGAAGAUGAAGAUAACAAUAACGAAGAUGAUGAUAGCGGGAGGAAGAGCGUCGAUGAAAAAGAUCGAUUAGAUUCGAAAGACUCGGGUACAGGUUCUAGUGAGGACGGAGAACGACCAGCGCAUCGCCUGGAUCUUUUGCAUGGCGGCAACGGCGGAUCGGCGGUCCAAGGUAGAACCGAAAGUGAGUGGAGCGAGUCGCGAGCGGACAGCGGGCCGGACAGUCCGGAAUGCUUGUACGAUCAGAGAGAACCAAGGCAUCCGCUGCAAUUGCAGCAUCCGGCGUAUCUCACGCCAAAUCACGGUCGGUUAUUACGUCAUCCGUCACCAGAAAGCACAUCGCCGAGCAGUCAACAUCAUAUCCCACCGAGCACUAGCGCGUCGACCACGGGCAGUGCCGUGACCACGAAGCCGCGGAUCUGGUCAUUGGCAGACAUGGCGAGCAAGGAUGGCGAUCAGCAGAAUUCAAAUCCAACUCCUAUAACCGGUCUCGCGUCACCUUACAGCGGAAGUGGAGGUGGCGGGGGUGGCGUUGGCGGCGGCGGUGGUGGCGGCGGUGGCAAUGGUAGCAGCGGCGCAGGAAGUAAACUUGUCAGUCCUCUGGCCAGUCGACUGCCGCCCCAUCAUGCCUUGCAUCCAGCGAUACAUCCGGGUACGCAGUUCGUGAGACCGCAUCCGGACUUCUAUAGGAAUCUUUACGGCGCGUCUCAUCUCGGCUCAGGCGACAUCUCCUUGCUGGAGACCUACUCAAGAACUCUGGGUGGGUUGGGCGGCGUAAUGACGCCGUCCACAGCUCCAAGCAUAUUGACGUCCUCGUCUUCGUCAAUCUCUGUCGCUGGUACGGUAAAACCUUUCACGAUCAACGGGGGUAGCGGUGGCGCGAGCGGCGCAACGGCCGGAUCGGCCGUUUUACUUACUACCACGUCUUCUGGACUGUCGCCGUCGUCGUCGUCGACGGCGUCGUCAGGCGGGUCCGAUCAAUCGCCGCAUCCGGCAGGCGGCAGUCUUCCCGCGACUCAGGAACUCAAGUCUCCCGGACGGGUGUGACUCGACGAUACGACCAAUCGCUAAGAGAGACGCUUAUCGCGCGCUGUACGCUAUGCACCAACCGACGGGCGUUUUGUGUGGUGUGGCUGACAAUAAUCAGAAACUACAAUCUUGUAAUUAGUGUACAGUAUAUCGGGAGAUAAUGAGAUACUGCCCCAACCUUUUUCUCCUUGUUCCUAGUCUUUCUUUUUCAACGUCAGUGUCAAUGUUCAAUUUUCUAAAUCCUUUUCUUUUCCUCGUCCAUUUUUAAUCCGUUUGUUUUUACCUGUCGUUAAUCUGAAUAAAAACGAAAACUUGUAGCACCGACUACCCAUAGUAAUUAUCGCGGUAUAACCGUACCACAACUAGCGUCUCAACUCGACAGUACUAUAUUGCAUAUAAAUACUAUAAAUAUAUAUAAAAACUAUACGAUAAUAAUAAUUAUUAUUUAUGCGUUUGUAAAUAGUAGAGAAAGGCCCAAGUAGAAAUCGUCCGGCCAGUGUAUGUAUUGUAUGUAGAGUAGAUACGCAAUAUUAUUAGCACAUACCUGAGAUCAUAAUUCAUAUUAAUGACGAUUAUUAUUAUUAUGAUUAUUAUGAUUAUUAUUGUUAUUGCAAUGUUUAUAAUAUUAUCGAUUCACGUCGACUUGGUCGAGCAUGAUGAGGUAUGGAUCGUUGGUCGCGGUGACAGAUUGCGAGGGACGAUCACAGUGUGUUCUUGGUGAUUGCAUCCUUGGUUCCUCUUCUCUCUUGUAAGUACUCUCUCUUAUUUAUUUUUGCUAAAGAUUAUCGGCUCGUGAUAAUUUUUUUGCAAGGAACGUGAAGUGUCGAAUUGCAAACUCUCAUUGGGAAUCAAUGUGCUUUUGCCGAUUCGCGGAGUAAAGCGUCGCUCGCAAUCUGCUGCGACAUAUGCAAUUCCGUCGCGCGUUUUAUCGCCAUUGCGCACAAAUAAAAAAUUCACAUUCGGCUGUCGAGACCUCGAGAACAAUUGUAAGAAUAUCUCAGGUCGCGCGGAUCGAUAAAGUUACACGAGAAUAAAGCCUCGAGGGCGCAACGGCUGUCAACAUAUCAUGUCAUGUCGAGAGUGAACGAUCGCCAUCAUCUUUUAGUCAUUCGUGUCCAAAAUUUCACGCGAGCUCGCUGAUGUCAGACAUUGGCAGACAUCGCGCAGACUGUGUCCUUUCGCAAUAAACGAAUCAUUACGGAAAACAAGC